AUGGCUUCCCCUCCGGCAGAAAUGCAGCCCGGCCAGAUGCAUGACGUGGAAAAGGUCACCGACUCGUGCCGCGAAUCGUCGAGCUUGGAGGUAUCGGAAGAUCAGGCCCUCGCGAAAGCUAGAAGCAGUCCGAAUGAUGCGCUCCCAAUCGUCAUUACCUACGGCCUCAAUGAUCAAGACAACCCACGAAACUGGCCCAAGUGGAAAAAGUGGUAUAUCACCUGUCUCGUGAGCAUGCUCAAUGUAUUCACAACUUGGUGCGCAGGAGGUAUCUCAUCCGGGGCGACUGGAAUUCAGAAAGAGUUUGGAGUUUCCGCCGAGAUCACCACGUUGGCCCUGUCGCUGUAUGUUCUGGGUUACGCGAUCGGUCCAGUCCUCCUCGCUCCGCUAUCGGAAUACUUUGGGCGCCAGCCGGUAUACGUGGUGUCGUGGUUUAUUCUGUUCAUCUUCCAGCUCCCUCUUGCUCUUGCACCCAACAUCGGCACCAUAUUGGUCUGCAGGUUUAUCGCAGGAUGUGCCGGAGGUGCCCCCUUGACCAACACUGGAGGUAGUAUCAGUGAUUUGUGGGAAAGAAAUGAGAGUGGUGGCCCGAUGGCCGUUUAUGGACUGAGCAGCACUUUCGGUCCCCCCAUGGCUCUGGUCGUCACGGGUUAUAUUGGCCUGAACUGUGGAUGGCGUAUGAUCUUCUGGGUGCUCAUGGCCAUUUCUGGCGGCGUUUGGAUCCUCCUGGUCGUUACAGUUCCCGAAACGCGUCAUUCGGCCGUCCUGCAAAAGAAAGCCAAGCGGGCGCGCAAGCAGAUGGCAAAGGAGAAUCUACGGUCGGCGGAAUCCACCGUUGACCUUCAUGCCGGUGACCGAAAAGGCCUGCACGAGUUGUUCGCCAUCACCCUCACGCGGCCCUUCCGUUUCUUGUUUUCAGAGCCUAUCACACUGUUCUCCGCCAUCUACAAUGGGUUUAUCUACGGACUGGUUUAUCUCUUCAACGAGGCGAUCCCCCUCGUCUUCGGCCCGCCGAAGGGGCAUCCCUUCAACGGCGGUCAACAAGGUCUCGCAUUCCUCGGCCUGGCGAUCGGUCCCAUCAUUGCCUUCUGCUUUUAUCCACUUCAAGAACGGUACUAUCUCCGGCGCGUUGCUGAGAAUAAUGGAAAAGGUGUCCCCGAGGCACGUAUGUGGAUGGCGCGAGGCGGUGCACUUCUCCUUCCCAUCAGCCUCUUCUGGUUUGGAUGGACUAGUUACCGAUCGGUUCACUGGAUCGUUCCGAUCAUUGCGUCUUCCUUCUUCGGUGCCGGCAUUUAUAUCGUGAUUCUGAGCAUUCUUAAUUACGUCGUCGACAGUUAUCAGACCUACUCAGCUUCGGCCCUUGCCGGCGUGAUUUUGGUACGCAAUGUGGUCGGCGCUGGUUUCCCUCUGUUCGCCACUCAGAUGUACGAGAAAUUGGAUUACGAAUGGGCUUCCAGUCUUUUGGGAUUCAUUUCCAUUCUCCUGGUACCUAUCCCGUUUAUCUUUUUCUAUAAGGGCAGGGCUAUCCGGCUUCGGAGCCCCUGGGCAAGAGAGCACUUUGACCAGCAUGAGGACAAUCCUCAUUGA